GCUAUCAACGUCUCGCGGAAAAUCGUCCGUUGCAAAAAGCUAAAUCAAUUUUACCAUGAAGUUGUGUGUAUUUAUUUAAAACAAACCAUUUUAUUGCAUAAUUCAACUGACUGCCUCCAGCGCCAUUGAGAUCGUAGAAAAUAAUGUCAUCCGGUUUCAGUUCCAUAUUCAAAAUCGAUGGUGUACCGAUUCUUCCACCACUGAUGACAGCAGAAGUGCGAGCGGAAGCCGCUCGGUACCGCGAAAUGGCAAUGGAAAUCGAACGGAAGCUUAAAAAAACCCAACAUGAAUCGGUUUGUCAGUUGGACCUACAACAAGAAGAAGAAGAGCAAACGCCUAAUUUGGAAGCAGCUUUACUCACUCGAAGGGAGUCCUUCACCUUGGAUGCUCCAAGCCCGGGACUUAUCAAUCUACCGCACUCCACUGCACCGCUGGAAGAGAAACGAGCAGAUUUGUCCAAAAAGCCUACCGUGGCGGAUUCCGAGGAUGAAACCCCCAGACCCAGAUUGAUCCGAUCCAACUCGUACACUUUGGAGAGCCCAAGUCCGUUGCUGAUGAAACACAUGCACAACCAAAGUUUGAACAUUAAAAACUCAAUUUCGAUGGGAGAGAUUGAAAUCGCUGCAACGAAGACUCACGUUAAGAGGCUGGAUUUCGGGGGUGGUGACCGAACGCCGAUGAGGAAAACUGCCAAGUCCGGUUCCAAAACGAAGUGGGUGUCCACCAAGAAGGUUUCCCCUAAACCAAUCACACCAGUUAAGAAACACAAAAGUCCCUACGUAUCGGCAGUCAGUAGUAAAAAGAAACCCAAAGCAGCGAAGCAGCAAGUUAAAUUGGUCGUACGGAGAAGUUCCUUGGACAAUCAACAGCAGAAUACCCCAGUGAGCGAAUGUCAGCAACGAAUUAAGAACAUGCAAACCGAGCACGAACGACGCGUGAAGGAACUUCUCAAGCGACAGGAAGAAGAACAGCUACAGUUGCAGGAAAGCUUCCGCCGUCAACAGGAGGAACUCGUAAAAAUGCUUCCUGUUCCGUUGCUAGAUCAGAUACACACUUCCACACCGUUGUUGGUGAGUCCCAACGAAUCAACCGUUGAGGAGGAAGACCCUGGUAAGCCAUCGUUUAGAACACUGAACAUCAGCUCGAAGGAAUUCGUCAAUAACAACGAGUCCCAGUCCAGCAUCGGGCAUUUGUCCUCCAGCCAAACGUUGUUCGUUUCCUCCAGCACCAGCGGAACUAGCUUAGAUUUUGAAAACUCCGAUGAGCUGUAUCGAACCUGCGAGAACAAUGCCCUCAGCAAUCGAGCAUCGUCGGGUGAUGCCAAUGGAAAUUUCCAGUUCCACAGCAUGCGAAACUAUCUGGAAGCCAUCGGGCAAUCCCUUCAGGAUAACGAACUGAAACAGUUGACCCAGGUGGAAACGGCCUUUGAGAAGCCAUCGAACGAACGGGAUCGUCUUCGGUACCACGCUGCAAGCCUGAUCAAUGCCCAUGUUCGUGGUUACCUCACACGACGGCUCUUCCAAACCGACCAUGUCCAGAAGAUGAUCCAGGUGAUUCGGGACACGUUGCUCUUCAUCCUGGACCUUCAUCACGAAAAAACGGUGGCACGGCAGCAGAUCCGAAGUCCCGCGGAUGUUCAGCUCAAGCGAACCCUUCUCCAGCAGCUGACGUCCGCUUGCUAUCAGUUGCAUGAGGUGUUCUUCGAAAUCAGCAUCCCGCAGCGAAUGGAAAUCAUACGACGCGAUCGGGAAACGCUGCGGCGUCGGCUGGAAAAUCGACCCCGAACGGCAAGUUCGGCUGGGUCGACCAAAUCGUCGACCAGCGCCAGAAGACAGCUAAGCCUGCGGAAGCUGCAAAUGUGUUCUUUAUAUUCAGUAAAUAUUGAAGGUGAACCCGUCGCUGACGGAAACGCAGACGAUCAAAAUGUCAACGCCAGUGAGUCUCCGAUCAACGCUGAUCACAUCCCAAAACCAAAGCCCCCUGCUACUGCUGCUGCCAGCGCUCCACCCAGUAGAAGCUCUCUAAGAUCGACAUCAUCCCGCACAUCCUCACCGAGCCUUUCGGCCACGGUGGUCUCCCGGCUGGUGCAUCAGGUGAAGAAAGCCGUCGUCUCGCCCAACCGAAUACACUGCCAACAACAACAGACCAAGGCGAUGGAUCUCCGCCCCAAGACUUCGGAUGCUGCCUUGGUCGGUGCUCCAUAUCGCCGAACUUCAUGGGAACAAAAAUACUUAUAAGAAGCCUUUUCUAGAUUAGUGUAAAAAUGAUAGUUUAUU